UAAAUAGUUUCUAAUAUGUUUUAUUUUUUUAUAAUUAGCUUUUGUGGGUUAACCUAAUCAUGGACACUCUUGGUGCACUUGCAUUAGCCACUGAGCCCCCAACAGAUCAGCUUAUGAUGAGACAACCAGUUGGUCGGAGGGAACCCCUUGUGACCAAUAUCAUGUGGAGAAACCUCAUUGUACAGGCUCUUUACCAAGUGACAAUACUCAUAGUCCUAAAUUUUGGCGGAAAGAGUAUUCUUCAUUUGAACAAUGAGACGCGAGUGCGCGCUGAUAAAGUGAAAAAUACCUUCAUCUUUAAUACUUUCGUUUUUUGUCAGAUAUUCAACGAGUUCAAUGCUCGGAAACCGGAUGAGAUGAAUGUCUUCAGGGGAGUUACAAAGAACCGCCUUUUCAUGGGAAUAGUAGGGAUAACUCUGAUUCUUCAGAUUUUGAUCGUUCAAUUUCUGGGGAAAUUCUUUAAAACUGAUAGACUUGACUGGCAGCUGUGGCUGGUUUCUAUUGGAAUUGCAUUUUUGAGUUGGCCGCUUGCUGUUGUUGGAAAGCUCAUUCCAGUUCCAAAAACUCCUCUUGGGGAGUAUUGCCGAAGCUGUCUUAAGAAACCAAGCAGAGAACGUCAAGGUGAUGGAUCUCAUCGGUAACAGAAUUGAACUUUUGUAAAAAAAUAUUUUGACUGAUCUAUAUGGAACUUAUGUUCCUGUAAUUAUAAAAAAGUGCUGAUAUGUUAUAUUUUGAUCCAGCUGCUUAGCAUUUGGUGAUAUAUAUGUAUGUUUAGUUUGUCGAGCUUGAUGAACUAUGCUCUAAUUUCCACACCACUAAUUUUCAUGUUUUCUACUAACCCUCUUAAAGUAUUGUUGAUUAUGUUUGGCUUGGCUGCAAGCUUUUUUACAAGUUGAAUACUUUAUUUUGUUUAUUUACAUUUUUUUUCUUAAUGAG